CUCUCUUGCUCCCUUGCGUUUGAAAAUGCAACCUUCAUGCAACCACGGGCUUGCUGCCCAUCAAGAUAAACGGAAGCAUUGAGCAUUCAUAAAGUUCGUCUUGUUCCCCGUCAACUUCCAUGCGUCUAGUGCACGUACCCUUUUCCCAAGCAUUCAUCAUAACGUAUUCACAAUGUCCAUCAGUCAUAGCCCGGCCGACCAACCGCCCUACCCUCUUCACCCCUCCGUGAUAAACAAGCUCGACCCAGAAUAUGUGGAUUUCUAUAAUGCGCAUGUAAUCGACAAACAACAAGUUCAUCUCCAGCCGGUGGAGGCUUCCCGUACAAGCGGCGUCCUGAUCCCCGGCGGAGGUCCUCUGCUCCCCGUGGGGAGAACAGUCGACCUGCGCAUUGGUCGCCGUGUCACAGAGGGACCUGAGAUUCCUUUGCGCGCUUUUGUCCCGGAAGGCACAGCACCAGCGAGCGGAUGGCCACUGAUGCUGUAUUUCCACGGGGGCGGAUGGGUUUUGGGCAACAUCGACACGGAGAAUCCGGUGUGCACAAACCUCUGUAACCGAGGCCGCUGCGUAGUAGUGACUGUCGACUAUCGUCUCGCUCCCGAGCAUCGCUGGCCCGCCGCCGUCCAUGAUUGCUGGGAAGCCCUUCUCUGGCUGCUGGCCGACGGUCCGACACAUCUCCCCAUUGACACGAAGAUUCUCGCAACAGGCGGCUCCUCCGCAGGCGGAAACCUAGCUUGCAUCAUCACCCAAAAGGCCCUCACUCUCUCGCCGCCCGUUCAUUUCCAGGCCCAGUUACUGUCCGUGCCGGUGACCGACAACACCGCCUCAGUAUCUACCAACGACGCCUACCGCGAGUACGAACACACCCCAGCUCUGCCAGCAGCCAAGAUGCUCUGGUACCGCGAGCAUUACCUGCCUGACCAGAGAGAUUGGGCGAACCCGGAGGCCAGUCCUCUGUUCUACACUGGAGAUUGGUCUGCUCUGCCGAGAGCCUUGGUCAUGGUGGGGGAAUUGGAUGUGCUAAGGACGGAGGGAGAGCAGUAUGCGCAGAAGCUACAGAAGGCAGGCGUACCAGUGGACUUGCAAAUAAUGAGAGGCAUGCCUCAUCCGUUUUUGGCAAUGGACGCUGUUCUGAAAGAAGGGAAAAGGUCUAUCACAUUGAUGUGCGACCUGCUGAAGGAGGUGUUCUGGGAUGAGCACAGGUAAGCAUUGGCUGGUCUUGCUGUAGCCCCGUUUCAGUAUCAAAUAGA